UAUGGCCAACAUGAAGCAAGAGGAGCUGGAAAUCAGUGGCAAAACACAGGCCCGAUAUUGCUCCGUAGCCUGGAAGUACUAUAUCAAAAAUGAGCUCAACGGCACUGUUUACUGCAGGUUGUGCAAGUCGACAUUUAAGUUUUCUUCAAACACGGCCAACAUGAUAAAACACCUCAGAGUGAAACAUCGACUCAACAUUCCCACUGUUGCCAACGGCGGCGAGAGACUGUGCACGGAGGAGCCCAGCGAAGGAAACAUGGACAUGGUUCUCCCACCUCCAAGGCAUCCUGGAAUUCACAGCAGUCCAAUUCUUCGCAGGAGAAUGCAGCGUUUUUUGCCAUUUUCAGAUCGCCGCACGUCAAAAGUGUGGAACCACUACACUCAGCUAAGUCUGCAUCGUGUGGAGUGCAACCAUUGUAAGAGACAGCUUUCCUUUCACAACAGCACUACGUCUAUGAGAGAACACUUGGGACGCAAACACAGCAUUCGGGAAGGAGCGGUACCCCCUCACAACAUCGCAGGGAUCCCCACUCCUGCAGCAUUACAUUCUCACAUUCAGUCCGCUUUACAUGGUAACAGAUGUAACAAUACAGGCAAUGUUACAUUUCAACCAGUGCUGCCUGUUACCGUCAAAGAAGAGCAUGAAGAAAUACUACCAGCUGAGAUGGGAGAGGCCAAACCUGCUCGGACAUCAUAUGCCCCUGACUGCGCGCCAGGUAGCAGUACAUCUGGUUCAAAUACAAUUGCACACCAGGAUACAGAUAUGGGAUGUUUAAUGUAUAAUUUUCCUGCAGGGGAGAUGAGCAGCACUGCUGGAGGUAGUAGCAGUCGUUGUGGGACAAGACCCUGCAGUAACAAGCGAGCUGAAGUGUUGACCGAUCUUAUUUUGGAAAUGGUCUUUAGAGACCUUCAGCCAUUGUCUUUGGUGGAGGAAAGAGGGUUCAAGCUUUUACUGAGUUGCCUAGAGCCUAAUUACCCCGUGCCUUCUCCAUCUCUACUUGGCAGCUUGCUUUGGCAUCGCUACCACGUCCUCAAGCAAUGCCUUCAGCAGCAUCUUCAGACAAGUCUGGCUUCCCACUAUAUGACCCUUUGCACUGAAUACUGGCGAUCUGUAGACGGAUGUGGGGUUGGUGGGGAUGGACAGUACUACCUCUCAGUCAGUGCCCAUUUUAUCGACUCUCAGUGGCGUCUGGCACGCUGCAUGCUUGAGACUCGACCAAUAGCAGAACUCAAAGGAAACCCAUCUGAGAGAGGGCAAUUAAGUUUUGCAGAUACCUUGAAAGCUGUCCUCUCUGAGUUCCAGCUUCUAGAGAACUUUGUUUUCUGUGUGGUGCACGACACCCCCAGUGGAUCUGAGUCCAGGCAGAGUAUCGAUCAAGAAUAUCAGCAGGAAUUUGCUGGACCCAGCCAUCCUCCUCCCAAAAAACUUCCGAAGGGAUGGGCACCCCUGCUUUGUGCAGGCCAGGCCCUAAAACUCUGUGUCCAGGAGGGACUUUGUGUGGAGUCUGUUAGACAAGCUCUGGCAGAUGCUCGCGCCAUCGUCCUGCACUUCCAACACAAUGUGGGCGCUUCUACAGCACUGAGCCAGAAAGCAGAAGCUGUUAAUAAAGAGUCAGCAUGCCUGGUCUUGAAUGACCCGGGGCGCUGGACCACUGCCAUCGAGAUGUGUGAAAGUCUGCUGGAGCUCAAGUGGGUAAUAAGCUCUGUCUUAGAGGAACAAAAAGUAGCAACAAAUCUGGCCGAUCACCAGUGGCGCCUUGUACACGAACUGGUCCCUGUGCUAAAAACAGUUCGUAUUGCAGCAUCGUUUUUGAGCGAGGACAUUAACGGACCCAUUUCAGCCCUAAUGCCGUGCCUCCAAGGAGUUUCCCGGCUCCUGGGACAGAAAAUUGCAGAUUGCACCUGUCCAGUGGUGAGAGGAGUUAUGGAGAGGAUUCGUGCUGGUAUGGACAAACGCUGGAGUCUGAGCGACGAAGAUGCUCUUCUGGACUGUCCUGCUGUGUUGUCUUCGUUUCUGGACCCACGUUUUAAAGAGUUGCGUUUCCUCAGUCCACAUGCUCGCAGCAAGCUGCAUGACAAGGUUAAGGAGCUCCUGUCUGUUCAGGCUUUCACAAGCAACGAAGGAUUGAAUGAAGAUAGAAGGCAGAGUAUGGAAAUGGAAGAGGAUUUGGAUGAGCACGGAGAUCCUGCAGAUUUCGGAUUGGAUGAUUCCUUACCAAUUCCUCCAAUAGGGUCUUUGGAUUCUCCUGAAUCGUGCGGCUCAGUGGAGGAAGGUGACAGUGUGGAGCUGCAGCCAAGCGAGCUCUCUGUUGCAGUAUCAUCUCCAGAACAGGUCAACGACAAUGCUCUUGAGGUUGGAUCACCUUUUAAAAACACCAAUGAACGUAAAAGACGUUCCAGUGGGGCCACUAUGACCUCCCCACUGAGAGGAGAAUUGCAGCUCACAUCUCGGAUAAGAAUGAGUCCUCUCCCACAAAGCAUGUACGAUAUUCUUCUGGGUGAAGACCCUACUGAGCGAAUGCCCGAGAUUCACCAACAGCUGGAAAAUUACAUAGCGGAGCCUCUGUGCAGACGCAGCCUCUCGCCUCUGCAGUGGUGGCGCAACAAGGAACAUCGGUUUCCAGCUGUGGCCAGACUGGCACGAAAAUACCUGUCCAUUCCAGCAACUGCUGUUUCCGCCAAUCGGGUCUUUGCCUCAAGGGAGUCUCCAGUUACGCAAAGAAGGGCCACACUAGGAUCUAAACACCUUAACCAUAUUUUGUUUCUCCAUCAGAACACUGAUUAUCUGGACCAGCUGAAAGGUGGCUCCUCUGCUCGUGAAAUUGACCAGUGGAACAGUGUCAGUGGAAACCAAAGCAGAGAAAGUCUUUACCAAACUCUAGUGUCAUAUGAAAGUAAGGUCCGUGUUCCCGAGGAAGAGUCAUGAUCACUGAAUUUGUAAAACUUGCAGUUGUCUAUUUCAAUCUCAUCCCAAAAUAAGCUUCGUUUACCAAGUUAUUUUAUGACUUUUAUCAUCUGUCGGAUUUAGAAGCAAGGAUUAUGAGAGUAGAAUACAGUUGAACUGCUAUUUAAAAGGUUUCCUUGUCCAUUCCUUGUACCAAGUAUUUGUGACACUGUCAUUUAAAACCAUCUUUGAUCUCUAAGAGGUCUGAGGGUUGGAGGUCAUUUGUUUUGUGACUAUUGUAGAUACUGUUUUACUAAACUGGUUUUACUAUGUAUUACGCAAUCUGCAUGCAUUAGCACACAUGCUGCUGUUUUGGAUAAAUUAUUUAAAUUUUUUUUUUUGCAUAAUUUAUACGCUCCAGAGCUCCACAAAUUUGGCCAAUCAGAUUUCAGUCUAGGUAGUAACUGUUGUAUUAGUGACUAAUAAGUGUUUUUAUUUUAUACAAAAUCUGUUACUUCAAUGUUAUUGUCACUAUACAGUGUUACGUGUAAGCAUUACAUUAAUACAUUGUUAACCUCAUGCUUGAAUUUAUGUUACUUUUUCCACCAUUAUGGAGGAUAUGUACAUGAGGUAUCCACUACUUUUUUUAUACUUGCGACGGUAGAAUUUACAUUGUAUAUUAGUAGCAUAUUUAGAUUAAAGUUGUAUGAAAUAAUAAUGGGAAUUGCAAAUCAAAAUGUUUUUUCAGUUCUCGUUUAUUUUUUAAAACCUUAACAACAAUACUACAGUGAAACAUUUGUACCAUUUGAAAAGUACUUAUGAAAGCAAACACCUGAUAGUAAAAUAACAUUUAUUUGAUAACCUCAAGUCAUACACAUUUUGGAUAAUUUCAACCAAACUGGGAAAACUUGUGACUUAAACUAGCUUGGUAAUGAAUUAUAGUUGGUGCACUACAAUUAUUUAAACGUAACAUUUACUUCAAGAAAGUAAUAGCAAGUAGGAAUCGAUGUAUUAAUCUGAACUGAGAGAAAAUAAUGAAUCUGAACUUUAAAAUCACACAAAAAGGUGAACGAACAAGAAUGUUAUGAUAUUUGCAUGAACAUUCGCCAUUCUAGACUCAAUAUAGGGUUGCACGAUACUGGAAUUUGGUACCAAUCGGCACUCAAAUUUUAAAAACGUCCAUUUCCCACUAACAUUUGAGCGCUAUUGAGCACAUUCUUAAACAUUGCUGAUUUGCCAUUGUUCACAUGCUCAACAGAAAUUACUGUGGUGGCCCGUGAAGGUCAUCAGUUUACCAAACUCACUGCUGUUUACUGAGUGUAACCAGAUACAGAAACACUGGAGCGUUUUAAAGUUGCGAUUCAUCAGUGGAUCACUCGUAUGUCAGCUUAUAGACAAACCAGCUGAUUGACGUGACUUUGAAACACUCCAGUCUCUCUGUAUCUGUGGUUACACUCCCUAAACAGCUGUGUGUUCGGUGAACUGAUGACCUUCACGGCCAAUCACAGUAAUUUCUGUUGAGCACGUGAACACAAUGGCAAAUCAACGGUGUCUAAGAACGCGCUCAAUAGUGUUCAAAUGUUCACAGGAAAUUGACGUUUUUAAAUUUUCAGCAUCGACUGGUACCGAAUUCCAGUAUUGUGACACCCUAGCUCACUAACAUUAACAUUUCAAGAUAUUAACUUCUCAAAAUGUGUCAACAAAUAAACGGUUGUAAAAAUGAA